CCGGGCCUCCUCCGCCUGCGCCUCCGCCCCAGGAACUGGAGCCAAGUGGGGAGCCCGGGCCCCGCGCCCAGGCUCGGACCAUGCAUGGCCACCGAGCUCCGGGGGGUGCUGGGCCUUCAGAUCCAGAACGCCCGGCCACCCAUAUCCCCGGCGCCGCUCAACUGGCCUGUGCCGACUCGGACCCUGGAGCCUCGGAGGCCGGACUGUCGGGGCGCAAGGGCUCAGGCUUUGCUCUGGGCGGCCCCUUGGAUCCUCAGUUUCUCGGACCCUCGGACGCCAGUCUGGGUGCUUCUCCAGGUUCCCGGGUCUUGCCCUGCGGCCCCAGUCCACAGCACCACCGGGCCCUGCGCUUCUCCUACCACCUGGAGGGCUCGCAGCCUCGGCCUGGGCUACACCAGGGAAACCGGAUCCUGGUCAAAAGUUUGUCCCUUGACCCUGGCCAAAGCCUUGAGCCGCAUCCAGAAGGGCCCCAGCGGCUUCGCUCAGACCCAGGCCCCCCAACUGAAACCCCCAACCAGCGUCCUUCGCCACUGAAGCGGGUACCAGGCCCAAAGCCACAGGUUCCUCCAAAGCCCAGCUACCUACAGAUGCCCCGGAUGACCCCCCCAGCUGAGCCCAUUCCUCCUCCACCAUCACGCCCAUUGCCUGCAGACCCCCGAGUGGCCAAGGGCUUUGCCCCCAGGGCCGAGGCCAGCUCCAGUUCUGCAGCAGUGUCUUCAUUGAUUGAGAAGUUUGAAAGAGAGCCUGUGAUUGUCGCCUCGGAUAGGCCAGCCCCUGGCCCCUGCCCAGGUCCCCCAGAGCCAGCCAUGUUGCCACAGCCAUCCCCGCAGCCACCCGUGUCCCAGCUCCCUGAGAGUGAGGCUUCCCGCUGCUUGUUCCUCCUGGCUCCUGGGCCCCGGGAUGGUGAGAAGGUGCCCAACCGGGACAGCGGCAUUGACAGCAUCAGCUCGCCAUCCAACAGUGAAGAGACCUGCUUUGUCAGUGAUGACGGGCCCCCUGGCCACAGCCUCUGUCCUGGGCCUCCUGCCUUGGCCAGUGUGCCUGUUGCUUUGGCCGACCCCCACCGGCCUGGCUCCCAGGAGGUUGACAGUGACCUGGAAGAGGAGGACGAGGAGGAGGAAGAUGAGGAAGAGGAGGAGGAAGACGAGGCGGAGAAGGACAGAGAGGUCCCAGUGCCCCCAAUGGAGAGACAGGAGUCCGUGGAGCUGACGGUGCAGCAGAAGGUGUUCCACAUUGCCAAUGAGCUCCUGCAAACUGAGAAGGCCUAUGUUUCCAGGCUCCAUCUCCUAGACCAGGUGUUCUGUGCCCGGCUGUUGGAAGAAGCUCGGAACCGCAGUUCCUUCCCCACCGAUGUUGUCCAUGGCAUCUUCUCUAACAUCUGCUCCAUCUAUUGCUUCCACCAACAGUUCCUGCUGCCUGAGCUAGAGAAGCGCAUGGAGGAAUGGGACCGCUACCCACGCAUUGGGGACAUCCUUCAGAAGCUAGCACCCUUCCUCAAGAUGUAUGGCGAGUAUGUGAAAAAUUUUGACCGGGCUGUGGAGCUGGUCAACACCUGGACAGAGCGUUCCACUCAAUUUAAAGUCAUCAUUCAUGAGGUGCAGAAGGAGGAGGCCUGUGGCAACCUGACAUUGCAGCACCACAUGCUGGAGCCUGUGCAGCGCAUCCCUCGCUAUGAGCUGCUUCUCAAGGACUAUCUCUUAAAGCUGCCUCAUGGCUCCCCAGACAGCAAGGAUGCCCAAAAGUCUCUGGAGCUGAUAGCCACAGCAGCCGAGCACUCCAAUGCUGCCAUCCGCAAAAUGGAACGAAUGCACAAGCUGCUGAAGGUCUAUGAGCUGCUAGGGGGUGAGGAGGACAUUGUUAGUCCUACCAAAGAGCUCAUCAAAGAAGGCCACAUCCUUAAGCUGUCAGCAAAGAAUGGGACCACGCAAGACCGAUACCUCAUAUUAUUCAACGACCGCCUCCUGUAUUGUGUGCCCAGGCUGCGGCUCCUUGGCCAGAAGUUUAGUGUGCGGGCACGCAUUGAUGUAGAUGGCAUGGAGCUUAAGGAGAGCUCCAACCUCAAUCUGCCUCGGACCUUCCUGGUGUCGGGAAAACAGCGCUCCCUGGAGCUCCAGGCCAGGACUGAGGAGGAGAAGAAAGACUGGGUCCAGGCCAUCAACUCCACCCUCCUAAAGCAUGAACAAACCCUGGAGACAUUCAAACUAUUGAACUCAACGAACAGGGAAGAUGAAGACACUCCCCCCAACUCUCCAAACGUGGAUCUUGGGAAGAGGGCACCUACGCCUAUCCGGGAAAAGGAAGUCACCAUGUGCAUGCGCUGCCAGGAGCCCUUCAAUUCCAUCACCAAACGCAGGCAUCACUGCAAGGCCUGUGGGCAUGUGGUUUGUGGGAAGUGCUCCGAGUUCCGGGCCCGCCUCAUCUAUGACAACAACCGCUCCAACCGUGUGUGCACUGAUUGCUACGUGGCCUUGCAUGGGGUGCCUGGGAGCAGUCCAGCCUGCAGCCAGCAUACACCCCAGCGUAGGAGGUCUAUCCUGGAGAAACAGGCCUCGGUGGCUGCUGAGAACAGCGUCAUCUGCAGCUUCCUGCACUACAUGGAGAAGGGUGGGAAAGGAUGGCACAAGGCAUGGUUCGUGGUCCCCGAGAAUGAACCUUUGGUGCUGUAUAUCUAUGGAGCCCCUCAGGAUGUGAAAGCCCAACGCAGCCUACCCCUCAUUGGCUUCGAGGUGGGGCCUCCUGAGGCAGGGGAGAGGCCUGACAGAAGGCACGUCUUCAAGAUCACACAGAGCCACCUAAGCUGGUACUUCAGCCCGGAGACAGAGGAGCUCCAGAGGCGCUGGAUGGCUGUGCUUGGCAGGGCAGGCCGUGGGGACACCUUCUGCCCAGGGCCUGUACUGUCUGAGGACAGGGAGAUGGAAGAGGCAUUGGUGGCAGCUUCAGGGGCCACUGCUGAGCCUCUUGAAGCCCCUCAGACCCGUGACAAGACCUAGAGGGUGUGGGGGGAAUGGGAAGCCCCUACUCCACACUCCAGCUGCCCAUGUCCUAUUGGGGGCUCCAGCCCCCUCCCAGCAAUCAAUACUUGAACUCCCAUCAUGGGCACUUUGAAUCCCAAAUGCUGGGUUUUGGGUUUUUUUAAUUCAUCUUUUCACAAAACGGAGGCUUUUAAAGAAUAUUCCUACGGGGAAGUUAAUUUUUUAAAAUUUCUGCACCCCCAGGGAAGGUGGGAGGUAUUGCUAGACCCACCCAAAUUAGGCUGUUUCCUCCUAACACCCCACAAAUCCUGCCUCUACCCAAUUCCUUCCAAAAGCACCAGAGGCAGGAGACCUGGAUUCAAGUGCCAGCUCUGCCACUGACCCUGGGGCCCAGAUCACCCCUUGCCUCCUCAGCCAGUGUCUUUACAUGUACUUCACAUGGGAUGGUGACUAAACCCUUCCUGCCUCUCCCACAGCGUAUAAGCUUCUACCCAACCCCAAAGCAAUCCAGUAUUUUAUCGUCCAAACCCAUGGCAGGGCCACUGGGCAGGACAGGGGAAUGGGGGAGGACAAUGGAUACUCUUUGUUUUUUAAAGAAAAAUACAGUUUAUUUCAGGCUUACAGUAA